GCUGCUGAAGACAGUUAGCAAGCAGAGACGAGCAGAGACGAAGUUUCUCUCCGGUGGAUGCUUUGUUUUAACUCGUGUUUUUCUCGGUUUUCGGUGGGAGCGAUGAUAAUCGGAGUCCUUAACGGAUAAGAAUCUGGGAAUAUUUUGUCCGAAAGAGUUUGUUUGUGGAGUUUGGGGAGCAGUAAAGGAGCAGUCGGUGUUAGCUAAUCUACGUUAGCUAGAGCUCUUAAGCUGUUUUAUAUAAACACAACAAGCUCGUAGACCUGUAGCUAAUGUUUUUUUAAUUCAAACAGAUUUUUCAGGUAAUCUAAUCGUCGGACAUGAGUUUAUAACUUGCUGUCAAUUAGUUUGUGCGCUUGACCGAGUGGUAGAUGAGCUUUUCUCUUCAGUUAAGCUUUAAGGAUCUAGUCUCGGUGUAACAAAACACCUCUGAAUCAGUUUAAUGUCUCAUCAAAGUACGUUUUAGUUUGUAGACCGUCUCCUUUAUUUUAGAGGAUAGUGGUGUGUUAAUAAUAUAGAGUGGUUGAAGAACUCAUUUUCCGUGACACCCUAGCCCAUAUAUAAUUUAUUAUUGGGUUUUUUUUUAAUGUUUUUAUUUCAUAUAGAUUGGGAAAAGCCCUAACCUUGAUCCAAUGGCCAUAACUAGGGGUCGAUCCAAGCGGUGGUCUGUUUUAAGAUCAAAACUUUUAAAUGACUGUCACGAACAUUUAGGUACCAUGAUGAUUUAUAAUGGAAGAGAACUUUGUCUGCUUUCGUCAGACCGACAUUAAGUGUGUUAUUAUUAUUAUUAUUAUUUGAAUCACUGUGAAGAGAAGAUGGAGACAGGAGUUCUGCCUCACCAGGGCGACCAGCUCCUCCAUCCGCUCUCCAAUCCUGGAGCUGCGGGGCUCUGCCCCGAAAUGUUGGAGGUGGCCGAGGAGGCUAGUCGGGCUGGUGACUUUAACCUGGCCGUAGAGAUCUACAGCUCCCAGCUCGCAGACCUCCAACAGCCGGAUCGGGGCUUGUGCUUGAGGAAGGGCGACUCUCUCGCCCGCGCCGGGCGGAUAUCAGAAGCGCUGGAAGCGUACUGCAUAGCGGCCAACCUGGGCAAGCUGCGCCCGGAGGAGCUGCCCGUUCUGGUGGAAACCAUCGCCCGGACGCUUCGUGGGAAAGAGCUGGGUCUACCUGUUACCUCAAACGGGCAUAAUAAAAGCAGCAGCAGCGGACAGGGUGGGAUUCAGAAUGACGGGGAGUGUGAAGAAGAUGAAACCCCGGACUUGUUUUCCUGUCGCAUCUGCAGAUGUCUGCUACAUGAGCCCGCAACGUUGGAGUGCGGGCACACUUUCUGUAAGCGAUGCAUAGAAAACGACUCUGUCAAAGAUUGUAUAAACUGUAAACAGCAGCUGAGCAAAAGCGACUGGAGAGUUAACGUUGUUAUCAGUGGCCUGUUGGAUAAACUGUUUGAAACUGAGAGCAAAGCCAGGAAAAUGUGGAUCGAGGGGGAAGUUUUGUGGAGUAAACAGAACCUGGUGGAUGCUUUGGAAAGGUACAAUGCAGCAGUAGAUCUAGUGCCCUCUUCAGGCAGCUUACUAUGUCAACGUGCUGAGCUGCACAUGGAGAUGAGGAACUUCAGCCAGGCUGUGCAGGAUGCCAACAGUCUCUGCAGGUUAAAACCUCUCUGGACAAAGGCUCACUGUCUGAAAGCCACAGCACUGAGUAAAGCUGACCGAAACGAUGAGGCCCUGCAAGAGUACUUCCUGUGUUUGGCGCUGAAUCCGGACUGGACCAAAGUGAAGCUGGAAGCUCAGAAGGUGCUUAGUGAGGUGUUUUCCUCCGUGUUCGAGAAUGAGGACAUGUCCACGCCUCUUCAUCCCCUCCAGGGAGGGUUUGCUAAUCGUCUGAUCAAACCCCCCGCCUUGCUGCAGACCCUGAGGCCGCUGACACAGAAACCAGGCUGCUCCUCACAGGACUCAGAGUUCAGCGUAGCAAAGAGCACUCCUGUGGGCGGAUCAUCUUCCGAGCUCUGUCCCAUGUCUCCUGCUAAAUCAGACCAGGUUGCAGGGGAAGGCAGCUCCAAAAGUCUGACUGAGGUUUUAGCUUCAUUGCCAGCGCCCCAUGGUGGGCUUAAGAGGAAGCACAGCAGCGAUGGGGCUUCAUCACCUUUCAACCCACCAUCCAAACAUUCCAGACCUGAUGAUGUGAACACAGUUCAGAUGGCUUCAGGUCGUGAAGGGAGAGUGGUUCCUGCUCAUUUACUGGACAGUGGAGACCUGGAGUGCUCCCUCUGCAUGAGAUUGUUCUAUGAGCCUGUGGCUACUCCCUGUGGUCACACCUUCUGCCUCAGAUGUCUGGAACGCUGUUUGGACCACAACCCUAACUGCCCUCUGUGCAAGGAGAAUCUAUCUGAGUAUCUUGCUACCAGAGGUUACAAUAAGACCUUUCUGAUGGAGGCGGUCCUGCAGCGUUACCUUGGAGACGAACUGGCAGAGCGGAAGAAAAUCCAUGAAGAGGAAAUGAAGGAGCUGUCAAAUUUGAACCAGGAAGUGCCCAUCUUCGUGUGCACAAUGGCCUUCCCCACCAUCCCUUGCCCACUUCACGUAUUUGAGCCACGCUACCGCCUCAUGAUUCGCCGCUGCAUGGAGACGGGUACCAAACAGUUUGGCAUGUGCAUAGCAGACGAGCUCAAAGGCUUUGCUGACUACGGCUGCAUGCUGCAGGUGCGAGAUGUAAAGUUCUUUCCCGAUGGCCGUUCCGUGGUCGAUACCAUCGGUGUUUCACGGUUCAAGGUCCUUAGCCAUGGACAGAGAGACGGCUACAACACUUGCAAGAUAGAGUACCUGGAGGACGGGAAGGUUGAAGGGGAGGAGCUGGCGGAGGUCCUGAAGCUGCAUGACUCUGUGUAUGAGCAGGCCAACAACUGGUUCAGAUCACUGAAGGACAACAUGAAGAAUCAGAUACUCAGCCACUUUGGCCAUCUUCCCAGCAAAGAUCCAGACCCACAGGCCAGUCCUGAAGGUCCAGCCUGGUGCUGGUGGCUGCUCGCUGUCCUUCCACUGGAGAAUCGAGCCCAGCUCACCAUCCUAUCCAUGACCUCCCUCAAGGACCGCCUCAUCGCCAUUCGAAGGGUCCUCAUCUUUGUCACUCGAAAGAGGCCACGGUGAUUCGACCUGGCCACCUUUUGACCUGCUCAGACGUCUAUGCAGUUCAGAAGUCUGAUCUGUUCAUGCUGUCUGAGUCAUUCACUAAUUUAUACUCGUUUACUCCUUUAGUCCUGUGUCAGUUCACUCUGAGAUGUUCAUGAACUCAUUCCUGUGGCAUGUAGCCCUUCAGAGCACAUCUUUCUGCUGAUGGCAUCAGGUUGGUCGGGCUGUCAGAGUGACGGCACUCCUGUCCAAGCACCCACCUCUGACUGAGUAGCUUCUCACUGCUGGGAUUCACUUUAUGUAAAUGAAAACACACAGAUUUUCCGUAUGACUUUGUAGGGAUGUGCUGGACUUUUUAACUAUGAAGGAACAAAAACCUGUGCUUACAGAAACAUCAAGAGCAAAGCUGCUUCAGAAUGAACAACUAUAUUCUGCACACACUAAUCAGUAUUUACGAGAAGUGGAACAGAAAUCUGCACAAAACAAUGUGCAAAAACAGAAGCUUUUGCAUGAUGACAACAUAUAAUGAAUGUACUGGAUGUCUGCCCCCACCCAUCCCCUGCCUUACUGCCUUUAUAAAAUAUAUUUAAUUAAUUACCUUGUAGGAGAGCUAGUAACUGCGUCUUACUUUAAGUAUUCCUGACUGAGCCAAAACAGGCCUAUUGGCUGGUAUGUACCUCAGACUGUCUGAAAGAAAAUCCCAACUUUCACCACUGGAGAUGCACCGAUCCAGAUUUUGUGGCCAAUCUCAAGUUUUGGUAAAGCUUAUGAUACGUAUUUUACAGAUUCUGGUUUCUUUAAUUAUUCUCUGUGUGUAUAUUCUAGAGAAUGUAGAACCUUAUCUUGAAUGAGCUUUCCAAAAUGCUGCCAACAUUUCCAAAUCCAGCAAGUUUUGUGACAAAGGUCAAAAGCUCUCGAGGAUAAAACAGCUUUCCUGAUCUCUGUUCAGCCUUCCUGGUACGUCCUGAAAGUCCUACUCUCUCGCAGGCUGAAUGAACCAAGGGGAAGUCUCAAUAUGUUCUAGAAAAUUUUGUUCAAUUUUGAAAAGCUUCUGACAUCUCCGACUGUAUUUUUUGAAAACCUUAUUGAUCCAGAAAAUGGCUAACUUUGAGAGACUUCUUUCCUCAAUAACAGCGUCCACAACAAAGAGUGUCAGCGAUGGCGCUACCUGAACAGGUAGGGCUUCGGUAUGGUGCACUCACGGUUUGGAAAAAGAAUCGAUUUUUGAGUUUCUAACCAGCCGGUUGUCUGCCAGGACUAAUAAAGAUGAUCUUUCCGAUUCCAAUCACCAGACCAUUUCUUGGUGCAUCUCCAGUCAUGACGGUUUUUCGGGCGACAUUUUCAUUCAGCUCAUGUUAAAGUAUAAACCACAGACUACAGUGUGCAAACAAGUGUUUGUUCCUAGUUUGGACACAUUAGGAAUUAGCAUUACCUGCACAAACUCUAGUUGCAGUGAGGAAGAGACUGAUAGAAAACCAUCCAGAUGUUGCUGAUCUGAAACAUUGUGUCCUAUUGUAGCAUAUCUCUGGGACAAAACACAUGUAGUUUUAGAGGUUGUAAGCAUACUCCUCUGUUUCUCUCUACUAUGCCGUAGCUGUAUGUGAAUGUGUAUAAUUUGGGUGAUUUAUAUGUAUAUCAAUGUAAUUUGGAGGCCUUUUUAAUGUUUUAUUCAAGGAACAAUUUCAUCGUCUCUUUCACUGUCCUGUUUUAACAUGCACACAAUAAUAAUGCAAUUCCCACGCUGUGGGGUUUCCUUACAAACAAUAAGUUGUAUUCAUAUUUCAGUAGCCUUGAAGACUGAUGUUUUUUGGUUUUCUUUCUUUAAAUAGUUUUAUAUUUGCAUUGUUUAUUUUUCCUUUACUGGUGUUUGUUUGUUUCUACAGCUUUUUAAUAAAAAUCUUGUCACACAUA